AUGGUUUUCCUACACUUCUCUGGGUUCCGAGCCCUGACUUUCUUCUUCUUUCUCUCCCUCAUACUUCAAUCCGACGCCCUACCUCGCCGAGGAAGAAAACGGCCAAACAACAACACAGGAGCCGCCAUAGGAGCUGCCACAGUAGCCACUGCAGGAGCUACCGCAGGACUUGCUGCAACAGGCGGUGGUACCAUUUCCCAGGCCACUGAUGGCUCGACAAUCCUUGACAAGACCGUAAACAUCAACGGCCUUGCAAUCCGAUACAAGAUUAGUGCCCCGGCCUCCCUCUUCACCGCAGCCUCGGGCGUCCCUGGUGGCGCCGCUACCGCCGCCACAGCUGGCCAAAACGGACUCAAUGUACUCCUCCACGGCGACGGCGGACAAUCCUUUGUCGACUUCCCCAACCAAGCCGUUCAAGGCGGGCUCAUGGGAGUCGUCGUUCUCGCACCAAACCGAAACCGCUUCUGGGGUGGCGGCAGCGGACUCGAUCGCACCGACGGCGUUGCACACUCAGCAGCAGUGAAUACGCUGAUCCAACAGCAACUCCCACAAGACGUCGCGUUCGACCCAGCGAAUGUAUUCUUCACCGGUGUCUCUGGCGGCUCAUUAAUGCUCUCUGGAUUCUUCAUGCCUGCCUUUGGAGCCGCAUAUAAGACGGGUGUGAUGCUGAAUUGCGGGGCCUUGGCGCCCCAGGUUGCAGUCGUGGAUGCGGCCACCCUGGCGGCCUCAACGCGGAUCCAUUUCCAGAGCACGCAGAACGAGUUGGCGUCGUUGCAGCCUGCUAUCCCGCAGGCGGUGGCCGCAUAUGAGACCUUGGCGGCGAAUGCGGGACUGAGUGCUGCUCAGGUUGGAGCUCUCCAGACUGUGGAUGCGAGUCCUGCGGGGGGUCACUGUGAAUUCGAUGGGCAAGGUUUCGUGUCUGGAAUCCAGUUAAUGGCUGACAGUUUUGCGGAUGUCAUGUUGGCCGGCGGGUCAGGGCAGGUGUCAGGGAUUGGGAAUGUCUUGACGACGGUUGUGGGGAAUGAGAAUAUUAAGUUCGGAACUCCGUCGUGA